CUUGCAUUCUCUCCUCCUCUCUGCUAAACCGCAAGCAACAGCCAUGGGUCAUGAGUUAGAAGGACACACGCAUCUUGUAUCCCUCAUUAACUAUGCUGUUGGUUUCGAAUGCCAUGCUUGCGAUCGAUCAUAUGGUGCUGGCUUCUCAUGCGGUGAAUGCAAGUUUGCUAUUCACAUGGAUUGUCAAUAUUUGUUCAGGUUCCAAGAGAUAUUGGACCACCCUUCUCAUGCUGGGCAUUGUCUUAAGCUUCUUACAGCCGGAGCUCCUGAUCACACCGAUCCAAAAUGCCAUCUCUGCAGUAGAAACACAAAGCGCCUUCUUUAUCAUUGCUUUGAUUGUAAACUCAAUUUGGAUAUUGAUUGCAUGAUCGAUCACAUAUGUGCAAGAGCGCAUCUUAAUAUGUCGUGGCACCACCAUCCUCUAAUCAUUCUUGAUCUCGGGUCUAGGAUGUUUUGCAACUUUUGUAACGAUGGUGGCAAACGUGGCUAUCUCUGCCCUCGUUGCAGGUUGGUGAUUCAUAAAGGAUGUGUAUCCGUAUUUGACUCACCAGAAAUUAUCCACCCUUCUCAUGUCAGACACCCUCUUAAGCUUAUCACCAAUGGAGCGCCAGAUUACACAGACCGGAAAUGUCAUGUAUCUGGAGACAACGCUGGGAACUUACUUUAUCAUUGUGAUAUUUGUAAGUUCAACUUGAACAUGCGUAGUGCGGUUAUAAAACCCACACCAGCUACUCUUUCAAAUAUGAAGGUCCAUGAGCAUACACUCACACUCAUGCCAAGAUUGAUCUCCUUCGUUUGUGAUGCCUGUGGGACGGAUGGAGACCGUUCUCCUUAUGUGUGUCUUCAAUGCGAUUUCAUGGUUCACCAAAACUGUGCUCAUUUACCACGUGUUAUUCACGUCAAUCACCAUGACCACCGUGUUUCGUACAAGUAUCCUCUUGGUCUUCGAGAAUUGAAAUGUGGAGUUUGUUGGGAAGAGAUUGAUUGGUCAUAUGGGGCUUAUCUAUGUUCCCUUUGUCCUUGUUAUGCUCUUCAUUCACUAUGUGCAACAAGGGGUGACGUGUGGGAUGGGAAAGAGCUCGAUGGUGUACGUGAAAAAUUUGAAGAUACGAAGCCAUUUAAGAGAAAUCGCAACAAUACAAUCACUCAUUUCGCUCAUGAACACAAGCUCAUGAGCCUCAACAAAGGCGAAGAAGAAAGCAGCUUGUGUGGAGCAUGUGUUCGUCCCAUCGGUUCAUACACAUUCUACAAGUGUUCAAAAUCAGUUUGCAGUUUCAUUCUCCAUGAAACCUGUGCUGAUCUUUCUAAAAAGAAACGUCAUUUUCUAAGCCCAACACCUCUCGCUCUUAACCUCUACAACAAAAGUCACACAGGAAGUUGCACAGCUUGUCAUCAAGCUUUUUGCAAAGGAUUCAUCUACUCCGCAAGUCCAUGGAACUUUGACUUGCUAUGCAGUUCGAUAACUGUGCCUUUUAUCCAUGGAAGUCAUGAGCAUCAUUUACUCUACCUCAAACUACAAUACGGUAACGUGAAGACUUGCCAGAGCUGUGGAUUUGAUGAAGAUAGAGUCGUCAUAGGCUGUAAGAAAUGCGAUUACUAUUUGGAUUUCCGUUGUGCAACUCUACCAGUAACUUUAAGUCUUCCAAGGUAUGAUGAUCAUCCACUCACUCUUUGUUAUGGUGAUGAAAAGGCAAGCGGCAAAUAUUGGUGCGAUAUUUGUGAAAGAGAAACAAAUCCAAAGACUUGGUUCUACACUUGUGAAGAUUGCGGGAUCACUUUACAUGUUUUCUGUGUAGUCGGCGAUAUCAGGUACGCCCAACAAGGAGGAAAGAUACAAUUCGAUUUUAAAUUGCGGCCUAACAACGCAUCUUCAAGACCAUUUUGCCAUGAAUGUGGUUGUCGUUGCCCAGGUUCCUUCAUUGUUAAACAUAUCAAGCACGACAUAUCCCUUUGUUCUUAUUAUUGUUUUAGUCGUUUCCAAAACAUUGAGUCUAUGGGGGUUAGAACCAUAUGCCCUCCAUGGGGAUUAGAACCCAAUACUUGAUGAGGCGGUAGUUAAAAUGUUUGUCUGCAAGCCUGCAACAUGGAUUUUAAUUUUAUUUUUUUUGGCUCUCUUGUUUAAAUUUGUUGUUGUUGUGAGCUAUUACCCAAACAAAAUAAAAGGCUACCUAUACAUUUUAUA